ACAGCCGGGUUCCCGGGACUGUCCUAUCCUGUUUCUCAUCUUGCAGUUCAGCGCUUCCAGCAAAUGUUCUCUUCCUUCUCUUUUCGUUCUUAACUCACAGCUGGGAAUCAAACUAAACAAAUACAGGUUCUGAACAGGAAGCAGAUUUAUUGCAGAAAGUCAAGUAAAUAGCUAGACAAGAAAGUGCACUCUCUGGAGUGUCUCAUAGGUGUCACGAGCAGUUUACUCUUAAAUUGGUGUGCUGCAAUGUGUCUGCUGGUUCUGUGCGGCUGGGGUAGGAGCAAACUGAGCACACAAACCCUCCCUGCUGUGCCGAGGUACUGUUCCUGAAAACAAAAGGAGACAUGGUUUGUACAGUGAACGAAGCUUAAAUUCCUGGACCAAAAACAGAGGAUUGUUUUUUUUCAUGAAGGAUGGCGACACCAUAUGUUCCUGUUCCUGUUCCUAUUGGAAGUUCAUCAUCCAGCUUUACAAACAGAAACCAAAGAAGUUCUUCCUUUGGGAGCAUCUCAACGAGUUCAAGCUCCUCAAAAGGACAGCUGGAGGACACUACAGUUGAUAGUUUUAAAAAGAUGAGCGUGCCUGACCAGAUUGGUUCCACAUCAUCUGCAUGUAGCAGUCCACUUGUUAGGACUAAAUUUACAGGUCUGGAUACAUCCAUAGAAUACUGUACUCAGCCUGUAGAAGAAAUAGAGCAGAAUGAAGAUUCCAGGAGCUGGGAAGAUCGGCCAUCCACACCUACUAUUCUGGGCUAUGAGGUGAUGGAAGAAAGGGCAAAAUUCACUGUAUACAAAAUACUGGUGAAAAGAAGUCCAGAGGAAAGCUGGGUGGUUUUCAGACGGUACACAGAUUUCUCCAGGCUUAAUGACAAGCUAAAAGACAUGUUUCCAGGCUUUCGGUUGGCCCUUCCGCCAAAGCGCUGGUUCAAGGACAAUUACAAUCCUGACUUCUUGGAAGAUCGACAGUUGGGGCUGCAGGCGUUCCUCCAGAACCUAGUAGCUCAUAAAGAUAUUGCCAACUGCCUUGCAGUGAGAGAAUUUCUUUGUCUGGAUGAUCCUCCAGGUCCUUUUGACAGCCUAGAAGAGAGCAGGGCUUUCUGUGAAACUCUGGAGGAAACAAAUUAUCGCCUACAAAAAGAACUGCUUGAAAAACAAAGGGAGGUUGAAUCACUGAAGAAACUAUUAAAUGAAAAGCAACUUCAUAUUGAUGCUGUUGAAAGAAGAAUUAGCUCAGACAAAGAGAACCAUGAGCCAUGCUGGAGUGGCUCUUUGGCUGGAAAUUCUGUCCCAGAAAUUGAAGUUGCUGAAGUAGCCUAUUCCACGGAUGAAGAAUAGCUGAGCUGCUAGCAGCAGCUGUUACCUGGCAAAGAUUCAUGUUAAGGGUGUAUCUGUGGGUAGGAUCAUAGAGGAGCUGUGAAGAAUUUACAGCAAAGAGCAAGAGUGCACCUAUUGAAUGUUUACAUAAAUCCUUACAAAUUAUUAAUGUAAGAAAUAUACCCAGUGCUGCUUUGAUUUCAGUUUUUAUCUAGCCUUUAUAUAUUUAAUAUAUUGAAGUUCUAAUAAGGGCUAAAAUCAGCUGAAGUUUAGAUAGUGUACAUACACAAUUUGGCUGACUUUCCUUAGCAGAAUGACAAAAGUUUCACAUUAAAUCAUGGAACACAUCUAACUCAUAUUUCAUAUAUUGCCACUGUUGUGACACAUUUGAUGUGUACAUCUGUUUGGUAUUUAUGUUUUCUUAUAGCCAUAAAAUAAUGCUUGCUGAAGUAAAAAUUUACUCAGUUGUGUUUAGGAGUGGAGAAUAUGUUGGUUUUGUAUUCUAAAGUUGAAGAAAGUUUCUCUGGAAAUUUUACGCAAUGCAAUAGGAAAACUUCCAGUAUCAAGAGAAAAGUAGUUACAAAAUGGGAUCAGAGUUGGACAUUGUAAAAUGGUCAUUUUGCUGAAAGAACUGAUCUGAGACCCCCAAAACACUGUGUAUUUUCAUCCCAAGAUAGCAUGCUGUAAUACUUUUUGUUCAGUAAUGCUGAUUUGAAAACCUGGGAUCUCUUUGUUACGUACCCAUGUAACAACAAAAUCUCUAAGUUUGCCUUUUACUCAGAACACUACCUCUUACCACCUUGCUAAUGCAUUCAUGUUUGUUUAAAAAUAUUCCAGAUUAUAUGGAGGUUAUUGAAAGACUUGUAAAGAAGCCAUAUUUUUUCCUGCACAGUUCAUAUCUAGAUUGAAUCUAGUUGCAGUGUAUUUUUGUUUCAAUAUAUUGUACACAUGGGGAUGCUGGUACCUAUGUUGUAUAGACUAUUUUUCAAAAUGUAUUAAUUCAGGAGAUGCACUUUAUAAUUAAUACUCCAUUGUGCCAAGUUCAGUUGGCUAAUUGGUUGAGAAAUGGGAGUUGCAGGGAGAGGAUUAUGUAGUGCCUUUUUGUAUUUUACUUGUUCAUUAUUGCAGAAUUUUGUUACAGUGCUCUGGGUCAGUUCCGUGGAACCUUUGAUACAGUAUUUUUCUGUUCUUCACUUAUUUACUGAAAGUGCCUUGUUUUAUUAUGCUUUUUCAAUAGGAAGAAUGCUAUUUUGUUUUAAUUUUUUUUUUCCCUAUACCACCCACGUCGUUGUUUAAUGUUGUCAAUAUGCAGUGUCUUUGUGUUGGAGUUUUCAAAGGGAGCUUUGUACUUCAGGCUAUGCAUACAAUGACCUUUAUGCAGAACUGUAUAAACCUUCCUAGUGAAAUAAAACUAUGGACAGAA